AUGCUACUGUCCUGGCCUAGGGGCAUCACCUCAAAGAGUUACAAUGCCAGCAUUGAAAAAGCAGUGAAAUCUGAUGGACAGCGCAGUUUAAGAACACAUCUGAAGAAGCCAGGAAAGAAAAAGGAGUGGAUUAUGAGGAAGAUGCAGCUUCAAGGAGCCGGCCACACUUACCAUGAGGAGAAGGACACCGUGGCCUCAGGCUCCGGGACCCAGAACAUUCGACUGGGCCCGGAUACAGUCCGGGAUUGCAACUGCAGCUGCCGCUCUCAGCAGCCCCGCCCCGACCUCAACAUCAAGGCUCCCGGAUGA